AUGCAACUUCAAAGACACCAACAUUUGCUGACAAAGCGCUGUGGUGUUUUCAGCGUGUUUGGCUUCAGGAGCAAAGCCUGCUCCAAGACGCCUUUGUGGAGACAGGGGCCGCAGGCAACAGGCUCCUUUGGGCUCCUCAAGGGCCCCACCCUGGACACGCAACAGCGAUUGGGCCUCCUCAGUCCGGACUUCACUGAGACAUACUACACAGAGCAGGGCCAGCCGGUGACCCUGGCCAACCAUAAUCUCACCGAUCACUGCUUCUACCACGGCCAGGUGAGGGGCCACGCCGACUCCUGGGUGGCCCUCAGCACAUGCACCGGAGUCAGGGGCCUGAUAUCCUUGAACUCGAGUCACAACUUUUACCUGGAGCCUGUGAGCGGAGACGACCACGCCCUGCUAAGCGCUGACCAGCUGUCCGUCACCCGCGGCAACUGUGGACAUGGACACGCCCACAGCACGCUACUGUCCAAACACAUGUCCUCUUUUCACUCCAGGGUAAAGAGAAACGCCUGGGGGACCACCAAAUACAUGGAGCUUUACAUCGUGGCAGACAAUACACUGUUUAAGCGUCAGAAUAAGGACUACGAGAAAACCCGGACCAGGAUAAUGGAAAUUGCCAAUUACGUGGAUAAGUUCUACAGAGCCCUGAACAUCCGCGUGCCUCUGAUCGGUCUGGAGGUGUGGACCGACAGAGACCAGUGCAUCGUGAACGAGGAGCCCAACGCCACGCUCUGGUCCUUCCUCCAGUGGAGACAGAAGCUCAAGUCCCGCAAGAAACACGACAACGCACAACUGCUCACCGGAGUGAUCUUCAAGGGUACGACUAUCGGGAUGGCACCGCUGGAAGGAAUGUGCAGCCUGGAAAACUCCGGAGGCAUCAAUGUGGACCACUCGGAGGUGUCCAUCGGAGCUGCCGCCACCAUGGCCCACGAGAUCGGACACAACUUUGGGAUGAGCCACGACCACGACGGCUGCUGCGUGGAGGCGACGGCGGAGCAGGGAGGCUGUGUCAUGGCCGCCGCCACGGGGCACCCGUUUCCCCGGGUCUUCAGCCGCUGCAGCAAGCGAGACCUGGACAGCUACUUCCAGAAGGGAGGGGGGAUGUGCCUCUACAACAUGCCCAACAUGAAGGACCUGGUGGGGGGCAAGAAGUGCGGCAACGGCUUUGUGGAGGAAGGAGAGGAGUGCGACUGUGGGGAGCCCGAUGAGUGCACCAAUGAUUGUUGCAACGCUAACAACUGCACGCUGAAGGAGGAGGCUCAGUGUGCGCACGGCGUCUGCUGCGAGGGCUGCAAGUUGAAGCAGGCUGGGACCAUGUGCCGGGGCCCUGCUGGUGCCUGUGACCUCCCAGAGUACUGCACCGGGGCGUCUCCGUACUGCCCCUCUAACGUGUACCUGCUGGACGGCUCCUCCUGUCAGUACGGAGUGGCCUACUGCUAUAACGGCAUGUGCCUGACCCACGAGCAGCAGUGUCUGCAGCUGUGGGGAUACGGAGCGCGACCAGCCCACGACGCCUGCUUUGAAGACGUCAACGCAGCGGGGAACGCGUUUGGAAACUGUGGGAAAGACGAACACGGCAACUAUGUGAAGUGUGAUAAAAGUGACGCUAAAUGUGGGAAGAUCCAGUGUCACAGCGCGGCCAAGAAGCCCAAAGGCACCAACGCCGUCUCCAUCGACACCACCAUCAGGACGGGGGGCAUCGAGGUCAAGUGCAGGGGGACCUAUGUGUACAGCACUCAGGACGGACAGGGCGACCUGCCAGACCCCGGCCUGGUGGUCACCGGCACCAAGUGUGGAGAGGGGAAGUGGAGGGCCGCGCAUGAUUAG